UAAGAGGUGUGCGAAGAGGAACUGAACUGCUGGUUUUUGUUUGUAUUUUUUGCAGUUUCUAUUGUUUCGCUGUCAACUUAUCGUGCUCCUCGCGCAUCAUUCUGCUCUGUUGUUGAGAGUUAGGUAACUAGUCUGAAACAAAAACACAAGAGAGUGUUUCACGGCUGCUGCUCGUUGCUCGCUCACAGUCGAGAUGCUUCACUGCUGGUAGAAGACGUGCGUGUCGCAACCGAACCGCGUGAACUCGCUUGUUCAAUUCAUGUAAGGGGCGAUAGAACCCGGAACUGUAGCAUGUCUACUGUCAUUUAUAGCCGUAGUGAGACAAGCGGGGCCACUCACCUUCGCUGCCCCACCUGCGGACAGCUCUCCAACAGCCAUGUCACUCAGCUGUCACACGUGGCAGAUGCUCACCCCACUUGCCUGGAUGACCUGACGUUUGGUCGUCUAGGGAACAUCAUCAUGUACCAAAGUGGGGCUAAACUGUUCCACUGCGCAGCCUGCUUCUACACCUGCCGGGAUUUCACCAGCCUCUACCGACACCUGAUCAGUACUCAUUGCAUGGACCAAUCCGCAGGAAGUGUUACGGACACUGUGAAGAUUGAGGAAGAUGCUGGGGUUGAUGAGAGUGGUGGAGAAAAAGAAUGUGGCAUUGAGGUGGAUGACAUCGCUGACAGAGGGGAGAAGAAAGAAGGACGGCCAGAGGAAGCAGCUCUGGGAUUACACAUGGAAGAUGGUGGAGCCAAAGCAUCAGAGGAAUCAGAGAAUACUGGUGAGGAGUGUUCAAGCGCAGGCCUGAAAGUAGAUCUGACACAGCCUGAAGGAGAGAGGAGUGACCUGAAGAGGGAGGCUGAAGGUGAAACCAGUGCAGCCUGUCAAGUUGAAGGAGUAAAUGAUGGAGAGGAGGAGCCCACAAAAAUAAAAAGCAGCGAAGAUGAGGGUGGAGAAUCACCAGUCGAGGGUGUGCUGGCGUGGUCCAAAGGGAGGUACCACUGCCUCCGCUGUGGGUGGAAGAACAAGCUGAAGGCGGUGAGUGUCAGUCACAUAGUCCGUAAACACAACAUCCCCAAAGCAUUUGCUUCAAAUGUGGUGCGACGGGACGAAGAGGACGAGGAGUCAACGGCUCUGAGCGGAGAGCUACUUAAGGAGGAGAUGAAGGCUGUGUCCCGGGUGGUCAGCAUCUUAUCCCAGCACUUUGUGUGUCGCAUCUGUGGCUGGACAACCAAGAGGAAAGGUCUGGCUGUCAGUCAUGUAGAUCGCUCACACGAGGUGGAACGGCCGUACCGCUGCAGGGACUGUACUCUUGCAUUCUUCCUGCCCAGCCGCCUGCAGCAGCACAUGGCUUCGGCCCACAGACCAGGCUGCUACGCCUGUCCCUUCUGCUGCUUCCGCUCACACUACCUGGGGGGUUUCAAAAGACACUGUAGCCGCUGCAACUUCCGUGAGGAGGAUGAAGGAGCGGGUGGAGCUGUGCAGGGUGAGGUGGCGGACAGGGACGAAGCAGAGGUGAAGGAGAUUCGAGCUGGGGGCAGGGUGCGGCGGCCAAAGGUUAUGGCUGGCGAGGAGCAAGGUGAUGAAGGAACACGUGACAGUUUAUCUUGAAGGGAAACCUCACCCUCAUCACUCCUGUAUAAGUAGAGACAGAGUUAAGAGUUGGUCGUCUUUCAGACAGUCACCAGUGGGAAUUGAAAAUACUUUUUCUUUCUAGACUUUUUUUAAAAUUGAAUGAUCCACCUGGUAUAAAAUAUUUCAUCAAACCACCAUUUUGCUGUUUUUAAUGCAUUUAGAAGGGCUGAGAACAGAGCCUAGUACCUGCCAUAGAAUAUUUGUAGCCAAAAUCCAUAAUUUUAAUUCUAAAAAUGACCAAUGCAUUGAAUACACAUCUUUUUUCACUUUCAUUUUCACAAGGACAGAGUAAGAAAGGAAUCUGAGCAUUCUGCCUUUUGUACUGUUGCUUAACUUGGAGGAAUGUUUUCCACUGUCUCAUUGUGUCAUGGAUUGGUUUCCAUCUUCCCAGGUACGGAGUAAAAUAAAAUGAAAUGAAGU